AUGGACGGGCGUACCCAGCCCGCCUUCGAUGCAAUAGACCUCGGCGAUGAUGGACGACAUCGGACCCAUCCGGAGAUCUGGUCCCUUCUAAGGGGUACCUACAAUGCAAAAUCUGCGACUGCGAACGCGGAAAUUGAUCCAGAGGUGCGAGUGCGGGAAACAAUGAGCAAGGGCCUUUCAACCUUCAAAAAACUAGUGCGUCGGGAAGCCUGGCUGAUGGAGUCCCUUCUACCAGGUCUGCCGCACGAUCAAAAAAAGUUAACCUUUCAGACUAUAUUUAUCUCGACUGCUGAAGUCCCAGUGAACGACCGUCGUGGUUUAAGCCUUCGUCGAAGCCGAAAAUCGCGGUUUUAA